CUCUCUGACUUGUGCAUGCAGAAUGAGGAAGUUCACUCUCGCGUUUGUGGCAGCUUCCUUUUUACAGCUUUCGCCUUUAACAGGAAGAGAGACCCAGAGACAGAGAGAGAGAGUCAGCAAGAGAGAGAGAGACACAUAGAAAGAGAAGAAACAGCACUCUGAUGCAAACAGCGCCAUGAAACGGGCCUUGAAGCGACACUGAGUGCGGCCUGUCGUCCCACGGAGCGGCUCCUGAAGCCCAAACACCAGUGAUCAGGUGGUGGUCUGCAGAGCAAGCUGUAAAGGAAGCGACCGGGUGGACAGGAUGUCAUCCCACCAGCCGUGGUACCAUGGCAAUAUCACCCGUUCCACCGCCGAGGACCUGCUGUCCAAAGCAGCAAAGGAUGGCAGCUUCCUCCUCAGAGACAGCGAGUCCAUACAAGGAGCUUAUGCCCUCUGUGUGCUGUACCAGAACUGCGUCUACACCUACAGAAUUCUACCCAAUGAAGAAAAGAAACUCUCUGUACAGGCGUCUGACGGCGUGCCCAUCCGCUUCUUCACCGUGCUGUCGGACCUGGUGGAGGCGUACUAUAAAGAGAACAUGGGGUUAGUUACACACCUGCAGUAUCCGGUUCAGAAGGAGGAGGAGCCAGAGGAGGAGCCAGAGGCCGUCAGUGUACCACCUCUGCCUCCCAGGAACGUCCCAGCCAAUGAGAAUCGAGACGGCCACUCUGACUUGGGCAGGGCACUGGAGCCGGCCCGCCCGUGCAUCUUAGAUACCUACUAUCAGCGCCUGCAGCACGUCGACAUGUCACACCUCUGUGAGGAUCAUCAAAAGGCGAUCCAGGACUAUUUCUGCUCGGCUGUGGGUUCAGAUGCUGAUCAAGUUCAGAAUGGAAACCCCACCCUCCCUAACCUGAAAAAACUCAUCACCACCAUCUGCAAGAAUCUUAACAGUGAGAUUUCUCACACGCUUCCUACUCUGGAGGCCAUCCAGAAACUGGUAGAUCAGCCCCAGUCUCCUGGAGGGGGGAGACUGAGGGGACAGCUGUCUGUUGAUUCCAGCCAGUCUGUGGCUUUCAGGCUGGAACAGCUAACCAAGCUUAUAUAUUCAAUAGAGGACAAGACUAAAAAUGCGGUAUUUGACUCUGUUGGUUAUGAAGGAGGCCACAGGAAGUCAAUAAUACCACCUGUAACGUUUGAGGUGAAAACCGACUCCCUUAGCAUUUCAAACAAGAUGUUCCUGAAAGUGGAUGUGGAAGGUGGGAAGGUUUACUUCAAGAAGUCCAAAGACGGUCCUGAAGACAAAUACUUUGUGCACAAUAAAAUACUGCAGCUGGUGAAGUCCCAGAAAAUACAUCCCAAACUGGUGAUAGUGGUGGAGACGGACAGGGAGAAGACUCAGCGCAAAGAGUUUGUCUUUAACGACUCGAAGAAAAGAGAAGGCUUCUGUCAGUUACUUCAGCAGAUGAAAAACAAACACUCAGGCAAACCAGAGCCAGAUAUGAUCACCAUCUUUGUCGGCACGUGGAACAUGGGAAAUGCCAGCCCAUCCCAGAACAUUUCAUCUUGGUUUCAGUCUAAGGGUCAAGGGAAGACCCGCGACGACACAGCCAAUCAAAUCCCUCACGAUAUCUACGUUAUUGGGACGCAGGAGGACCCGCUGGGAGAGAAGGAGUGGAUAGAUAUACUGAGAGGUGCACUCAGGGACAUCACCAACAUCAGCUUUAAACUGAUUGCCACUCAGACGCUGUGGAACAUACGAAUUGUGGUUCUUGCCAAGCCAGAACACGAGAACCGCAUCUCACACAUCUUCUCUGACAGUGUUAAGACUGGGAUAGCUAAUGCUCUAGGAAAUAAAGGAGCAGUGGGGGUUUCCUUCAUGUUUAAUGGUACCUCAUUCGGGUUUGUCAACAGUCAUUUGACCUCAGGGAGCGAAAAGAAGAUCAGGCGGAAUCAGAACUAUGUGAGUAUUCUGCGCUUUCUGAACUUGGGAGAUAAGAAGGUGAAUCCGUUUGACAUCACUCAUCGCUUCACACACCUCUUCUGGCUCGGGGAUCUCAACUACCGGGUCGAAUUACCAACAACAGAAGCAGAGAGCAUUGUGUUGAAGAUCAAACAGCAGCAGUAUCAGGAACUGCUGAGCAGAGACCAGCUGAGCAUAGAGAAGAACCAGGGGAACAUCUUUCUGGACUACGAGGAAGAAGAAAUCACAUUCCCCCCAACGUAUCGCUUUGAGAGAGAUACACGAGAAAAAUAUGCCUACACCAAAGCCAAAGCAACUGGGACGAAAUAUAACCUGCCGUCGUGGUGUGACCGUGUGCUGAGGAAGUCCUAUCCCAUGGUGCACGUGGCCUGCCACUCCUAUGGAUGCACCACCGACAUCAUGACAAGUGACCACUCACCUGUAUUUGCUACGUUUGAUGUUGGUGUAUCUUCACAGUUUGUCUCCAAACAUGAUCCAACAAAGGAAUCUCAGGGUGCUAUUAAAUUCAUGAACUGUGUAGCUACUCUUCAGACAAAAUCCAAGACUAAGUUCUUCAUUGAGUAUCAUUCAAGCUGCUUGGAGAAAUUUGUUAAGGGCCCAGACGGAGAGAAUCAGGAUUGCAAAGACGGGUGUAUACGGGUUCGAUUCGGAACACAAGUAGAGCUCACUCCCAUCAUUUCAGAUCCUGAAUACUUACUAGAUCAGCACAUUCUCAUCAGCAUAAAGUCUGCAGAUUGUGAUGAAUCAUAUGGUGAGACGUGUGUGGCUCUGAGGUCAGCAGAAAUUGCCUACACAGAGUUUGAUGUUAAGCUGACGCAUCACGGAGAGUGCACGGGUACGCUGACCGGAGGAAUCCAGCUCCGAACUUCAGAAGGGAAACAGACGGAGAAACUGUAUGACUUUAUUAAGGUUGGUGAUGACUCAGGUGCCAGUAAAUCCAAAUCAGGAGAUCACUGCAAGGGUUCAAUGGUGCUACCAGCUGAUAUUAAUAAUCCUAGUUAUAUGGGUUAUAAAGUCAGCAGCAUGUCAUCUCGGGCAGGGCACGGAGCUAAAGAUGGGGGUCCAGGGAACAUCUCCCCCAAAAAGUCUGGAAUUGACCAUUCUGUGUGCAGCCCCCCCGCCAAGGCCUCCAGUCCUCUAUCGGAAGAUGGUCAGCCUCCGGAGAUGUUUGAUAAUCCUCUUUAUGGCUCGAUGGGAAAAUCCCAAAGUAGUAAGGAUCAGGAGAAUCCCCGAAAAGCCCACCUUACCCCUCCAGAAAUUUUUGCGUUUCCCAAACCCCCAGAUACCGACAAUGACCGCCCCCCUCCUGUCCCAACGCCCCGCAACCGCUCCUACACCUGCUCCGACAGCAAACCGUCUUCCCCCGCCUCCACCACCACCGCCAGCAUCGGCAGCAACAACAGCCUGCAGCCUCAGUCCUACUCCAAGAAGCCUGUGGUGCCCUCUCGCUCUGACGCGGGCAUGAUGGCAGCUGGGAAGCCUCCUCUGCCAAUGAAGUUCCGCCCCGGCCAACCGGACUCCCAGCCCCAGCCCCAGCCUCAGCCUAAACCCCGGGACUACAGAGACACAGCAGAGUUACCCAGCAAGAUACGACUGCCUACAAGACUCGUCCAACCACUGCCGAAGGAUGGACAUCAUGAGACUCCACAGCUUUCCAAGAUGGGUCGCCAGCUGAAAUAGAUCUCUACAUUUUUCUCCUCUGAAACAAUGUUAUUCUUACUGUACAAUCCCACCCAAGUCACACAACAUUUCAGAUGCAAAAAAAAAACAAAACCAAGAAGCCUAGAGAAUCCUCGCUUAUCUGAUCUUCCUGAUAUCCCACUCUGAUCUUGCACAAAUGUUUUUUGAAAAUGUUUUUUGUUUGUUUUUUGUGAAUGUACAGCUGUUUUAUCUGCUUUUAUUUUGGGGGGAUUUUGUUGCAUGGUGCAUCAUGAUACGCAGCACUUGUUUAUCACAAAGACAGAAAGAUAAUAUCCAGAUUAUGUCAGGAUAGUUUGUUCAGUUCCCUCUUGGCUAUGGUAAACUGGACCACUGGACAAGGUGUUUAGAAACCACACAGAAAACAGAAAGGUUCUAAAGAUUAUUUGGUUCUGUGCAAAACUGGAACUUAAGCUCUAUCCGGAUGGGAUUAGUUUCUCAGGGGGUCCUGGGGUAAUUUUCUCUUUUAUGGGGGGGUCCUCUGUGAUUUUAUUCCCAUCCGGAACGACCAAGUAUGUGAAAGUUGCAGGCUGAAUAACCUACUGGUUUUUGCUGAACUCUGUGGUCCUCUGUGGUAAUUGUAUUCCUGUCCGGCUGCACAUCCCCUCCGGAUAGGGCUUAAGUAAUAAUAAAUAGGGUUGCACCGAAAAAUUUAACUAAACAAAUCAUUUGACUGAAUUUUUUUUUCACGUUUUUAAACUUUUUAAAAUGUUUUAAACCUGUCAAAAACAGGCACCGCAUAUUGACAGAUGCAGAAGCUUCAUGACCCAUGAGAUUCUAACAGUACUACAUUAACUUAAAGCCAUAUAGAGACACAGAAAGCUACAGUACAUCACAUGUAAUACUGAGUUAUCUCAGCUAAUGUUACUAUCCUAGCCCUGUACAGCUCAUAUAUGUCAGCUGGAAAACAGAUAGUUUGUAAAUAAAUGGUGAACUGAGUAAACUUAUAGUGAGUGUAACAAGUUAGUGAGUGUAACAAGUUUGUCUCUCCCCGUCGGCUCUCUCCCUCACUCUCUGCACUGUGUACAGCAGUGCUCUGAUGUACAAUGCUAUUGUGUGGGCCUCCUGGAGGAAACCCGGCAAUACCAAUACUUUUUUUUGCCAUUUUUAGCUAAAUAAUUAAAUUUUGCAGAACAUUUGGUGCAUCCCUAAUUAUUACUGAUAUGUAGUAAUGAUGACUGAUCCUAAGCUAUGGUACACUGGACCAUUCACCAUGUGUUCCCAGACUGAGUCUUGGUAGAAACUACACAGAAAAUUGCAGCUCUAAAGUUUUGUGGUAAAGUGGAACCAAGUAAUGAUAAUAUUUAUAGAAAUUAUUAGUCCUGCAGAGAAUCCUCUAUUAAUAUCCACUGUUAAUAAUUCACCCACUUUCCAGCAGCUGUGAUCAGUUCAGUUCUCCAUUGGUUACCUUCUGCAUUGAAAUGUUGCAUUAAAAUCAUAAGAAAUGUG